UAACCAUUUAAUCCAAUUUAUAACCAAUGAAAAUGAAUAUAAGCGUCGGUGUGGCUUAUAAAAUCAAACUUCUUGUUAAUAUAAUGCGCUUACAAUAAGUUUUUAUUGUGCAUUUUUAAAACUCAAUCCAACCAGUUAUGCCACGAAGAAGAUGUCCUUCACCAAUAAAUACUACCGCUAAUAAUGUUAUUACUAAUAAUCACAGUAAUAAUAAUCAUGGUAGAACAAUAAAUACAUCGUCAAAUCAUCAUCAUCAUCAUCAUUCAACACAUAAUAAUUUAAGAUAUCGUGGAGGAAGAACAAACAAUCGAAUUUCGCCUAGUCGUAAUCGACUUUUAGAUACAUCACAAGAAACACAAGAUUGUCAUGUAUCCUCUACAACUACUAAUCUAAUGCAAGAAAUUCAAAGUUUUCCAAUUGUUACCACAUUACAACUUCAACAGAAUGAUCCAGAACUAGAAGCUGACAAAAAGUUCAUUAUGAGUCAUCCACUUUAUCCUUUAUUGGCUUUAUUAUUACAACAAUGUGAAUUGGCUACAGCUAGACCUGAUUCACCGCCUCCAUUAGAUACUUUUAAUACAGAAUUAAUUUCAUACAUUCAACGUCGAAUAGAAUUACAACAACAACAACAACAACCAGAAAGAGAUCGUAAUGAUGAAGAUGAAAUGAAUGAAUUAAAAUCGAAUUCAUUAAAAUUAAAUCGUGAAAAAUUAAAUAAAAAUAAUGAAAAAUAUAAAAGUACAGAAGAUAUAAUCAAUAUGAAUGAUAAUAGUAAUACUGUAAAAACUACUAUUUCUUCGAAAUAUAAUACAAAUCAUUCAUUAACUAAUCAAAUUUCAACAACUACUAUAAUAAAUACAAUAACACAAACUACUAAUGCUAUCUCAUCUAUCAAUACUACUAAUAAAACUAAUUCAGUAGCAAAUGUACGAAAUAUUAGUGAUUGUUUUUUAUCUAAUAAUAAUAAUGUAAAUAAUGAUAUAUCUACAAAUUUUGUAUAUAAUAAUAAUAAUGAUAAUAGAAAUCGUAAAUCAUUAAGAUGUGAUAAAUCAAUGGAUCAUAAAAAUAAUUCAAGUUACGUAACAAAUAAUGAUGUUGAUGAUCCUGAUACUGAUGAUGAAUUAAGAAAAUUGAAUUGUACAUUUAAUGAUGAAAGAAGAUUUCAAUUUUUAAGUAAUAAUACUGAAUUAAAUGAAUUAAUCGUCAAAGCUAUACAAGUAUUACGAAUACAUUUAUUGGAAUUACAUAAAGUAAAUGAAUUAUGUAAAGAUUUCUGUUCCCGGUAUAUUUACAGUUUAAAAUCAAAAUUUCAAUCAGAUCCACUUAUUCAUGAUUCACAACCAUCUUCUCCUGGAGAAUCUGAAGCUGUUUCUCCAGUUGCACCGGGUUGUUACAAUCCUCGUUAUCCUCAUCAUCACCAUCAUCAUAUGCUAGGACCAAAUUUAUCCUGUCAUCCUGGACCAACGGAUAUGAUUCCACCAGAAUAUCAACGUCAUUUAUCCAGUCGACUAGAUGAUGAAUCUUUAUGUGGUUCAUCUGAUGUAGAAAAUCUCCGUUCAGAUUGUUUACAUUCCAAUUCACUUCCCAAUAUUCGCACAGGUUAUGAUAUGAAUGGAUCAUGUUAUACACCAAAUUUUCAUAUGGCUAAUUAUAAUUCACCUUAUUUUAUGGAUAAAUCUAUUGUUCAAGAUGGUUCAGUUUCAUGUGAUGAGUCACUAUCCCAGCUGCAUUCAUUUCUUUCACCAUAUGGAUCAACUGCUUUAAACAGUGCAGCAUUUCAUGCUAGUUUAGAUGGAUUAUGUGUCGGUGGAAAACAAAAACGUGGUGUACUUCCUAAACGUGCAACUCAAAUUAUGAAACAAUGGCUAUUUCAACAUCUUGUACACCCUUAUCCAACAGAAGAUGAGAAAAGACAUAUAGCAGGCCAAACAAAUUUAACGUUAUUGCAAGUAAAUAAUUGGUUUAUCAAUGCAAGACGACGUAUUCUACAACCAAUGCUAGAUUCGUCAAAUUUUGCACCACAUGGAAAUAAUUGUAAUAAUGUAGAUGGAUCAUCAGAUAGACUGUCCAAUUCCAUGGGUUGUAAUGAAUCACAUGUUAUUAGUAAGAAGAAAAAAGCUGCAACAAGCAGACCUUCAAACAAUCGAUUUUGGCCAGCCAGUUUGGUUGCUGCAGCCGCCAUACAUCCUGCAGCAGCUGGUUUAGUGUCUUCUGGGAGCAGUAAUUUUACUGCUGCAGUCAAUUCGGGCAUUAAUAUUGCAAAUAGUAGUCACAGCGUCAAUGCAAAUCCAAAUACAACACGAACUGACUGUCGGAUAUCAGAUGGAAGACCUAAUUCUUUAGACGAAGUAAUCAGUGACACGUCAAUAAGUUCAACGCCGAAGCAACAAGCCGAAUGUGCUUACACUCCACAAACAUAUGACUCAUCAUCUGUCACACUACCUCAAAGUCCUGGACAUAAUCAAAAUUUUGAUUGCAAGCUUUCAUCUGAUUUGUGGAAUCUAGAUACACGAGUUGAUUUACUAACUUCACAGAAAUUUUAUUUCAAUCUUCAAUCUGGUGUAUCUUCGACAAAAGUUCGGUCAAAUAUAAAUGACAAUACUAGGGAAAUGUGCAACAAUAAAGUCCUUCAAAAUGGAACUAAUUCAUCAAGUUUGUCAAAUCAUAACCCUUCAUUUCCAUCAAACCCAAGUCAUUGUUUGAAUCCAUUCAGCUCCACCCCUACAGUGAGCACAGAUUUAACACAAACAAUACCAGGAAAAUAUGAUUCAAUACAUGAAAAUUUAUCGAUAAAACAAUCGGAUGAAACAGUUAUUAAACGUUUAACUCCAUUAUUAAUGUCAUCAAUAUCAUCGUCGUCAUCAUCAUCAACAUGUUCUACCUCGAAAGAUAUUGAUCACUGUGUAGAUGGUGUUCAACAAAAGCAAAAUAAUAAUAAUAGAAAUGGGAUAAUAGAUAAGAAUUAUGUCAUUAAUAAAUCAAUCAAUAAUAAAACAUCAGUAGAUAAUCAUUUAUUCAGAAAUGAAAUAAAUCAUAAUAAUAAUGACUUAAUUAAUGUAAAAUCUGAACGUAAUUUCCACGAAUUUAAUCCUGUUCUACAAAAUUUACCAAUAGAAUCUAAUAAUGGUAAAAUGAAUUUAUUAGCCAAUAGAUUAUUAGAGUCUGAUUUAAUCAACAGUAAUAAUAAUAAUAAUAAUAAUAAUAGUACUAGUAGUAGUAAUGGUAAUAAUGAUAAUACUAACAAUACUGUGAAUAAUGAUAGGGAUCAUUUAAACACAUUAAAUAAUAAUGAUUCUUAUGAAAUACAAUCACAAAAUGAUGCAACAGUUCCUAUAAUGAUGAUGAAUUCAUCGUCAAAUUAUCCGCCGAAUUAUUCAUCAAUGCUAUUAUCACAAGCACAAAAUUAUUCGAAUUAUUUAUCUAAUAAUAUAAGCAAUUCAAAUAAUUUAUUAUCAUUUGAUGUACAUCCGAACAAUCUGAGGUACAGUCAUACUAACAAAGAUAAUAACAAUAAUAAUGAUAAUAAUAAUCUAAAUCAGUUAAAUUAUACAUCUCAUUCAUAUCCUAAUAUUAUUACUAAUCCAACUGGAAGGCCAAAUACCGGAUUUAAUCGUUCAGUGGAUUUUUCUACAUCAGAUGUAAAUGAUACUCCUGUUACAUCAUUUUCAAGGAUUCCAUUACAUCAUCAACAGCAACAUGAUAGUUUAUCGCCAUCUAUACAACAAAAAACAGAAUUACCAUGUUACCUAACUGAUCAAUGGUCAAAUAUUACCCCUAUAUCAACUAAUCAAUUUACACAUAAUUUAAAUACUAUAAAUCAGUAUACUACAUUUCCUUCAAGUUGGACAAAUAAAUUAAAAAACUUUAAUUCUUCUAUAUUACAAAUAGAUAAUGGAAAUAUUGAUUCAUUGUCUGGUUCAUCAGAUGAAGAUAUUCAACAUCAUCGACAUUCUCAUCGGCAUUUAGCAUUAGAAAAUGAACAGUUUAUGCAUUGUUUACGAGGUUCUGCUUUAUUAAAUCGUAAUGAAGAAACAAAUACUGAUCAGUCAUCAAUUUUACAUAGUGCUAACCAUCAAUUAAUUUAUAAUCUUCCCAAUGAUAUGAACAAUCUGAAUUAUACACAUACAGAGUUAGGUAUACAAGAGUCAUUGAAUUCUAAAUCAAUUUAUCCAGUCCAAUAUGAUCAACAUCAUCAGCAUCAUCAUCACCAUUCACAAUAUGACACUACGAUCCCAACUGGCAAUAUCGGUGAUACAUGCACAGAAAAUGAUGAUGACGGUUGUGAUAAUAAUAAUAAUAGUAACGACAACAAUAAAAGCAGUUUAUCAUUUUUUAAAUCACCAGCAACAGAUUCAAGCGAUUGUGACAUUAUAUCAAUUAAAAAUGAGUUAGGUAGUAAGAUAUCUCCCAAGCGUAAUGUAGCUGAUUCAAAUUGGUAUCGUGAAUCGCAAAAGAACGCAAGAAAUUCUUUAAUUAGCCAGUAUACACCACUGAGUAUGAAUUCGAAUAAUGCAAUUUCAAAUGAAAAGAGUGAUAAGAACACCAAACGAUUUACUUGUAAAGAGGAGGUAAAAUAUGCUGAAAAGUUGAAAGUAGUAACUACAAUGAAUCAAAAAGAAGUAAGCUCUGAAACAGUUAACAAUAGGGAGGUAAGAGAACAACCUACAGAAGAAGAAACCUGGCAUGGAGCAAGACGAAUGAACGAUGCAUUUCAAAAUCGAUCAAAUACUUGUCAAAAUCGAACUCAUGAAAAGGGAUAUAAAGGAAGUGGAAAAGAUAAACAAGAUUAUUCCCUCAAAAAUAAAUAUUCUGAGUCAAUGAAACUAGAUGAACAACAAAUAAAAGCAGCUUUAUAUGAAUUGCAAAGACCAUCAUGCCUACUAAUCCCACUGUAUUAUUUAUGUCAGUUAUGUUGGAAUUUUUGUCGUAGAUAUCCUAUUCGAAUUACAUUAUGCCACAAACAGAAAUGGAGACCAUUACAGAACAUAGAAAAGAUAUGUGUAAAAAAUACUUUAGGUUUGAUUUUUGGAUUAAGCCUAGGAUUCAUAACAUAUUUCUUAUUUAUGAUCACGUUUUCAGGAAAUCCACAUUUAUCCACAUUAUUAAGCGCUUACAUCAUGUUGAUAAGUGUAUAUGGUUUAGCAUUCUCUGGAAAUUUUCAAUGUAUCACAUUAUUAACAUUUCCAUAUAUAAUUGCUACACGUUUACGUUGGGCAAUUUUAAUCUAUGCAACUGGUAUAUCAUUCAAUGGACCUGGUUUAAAUUUUCUACAUAAUUCAGGUAAUUUUCGCAAUUCCAUUGUUUGUAUCAUAGCACAAGUGAAUACAAAUAUGAUGGUAUUGAAAAAGUUAACUCAAUCACCAUUCAUUGUAUUGAAAGAUCAAUUAGAAAAUAUGAUUGAUGGUAUUAACAAUAUUCGAAAUACCUUAAGAAACUUAUUAUUUAAAAUUAAUUUCUCCAUUAUACAAUUAACUAAUGUAAUGGAAAGUCAAGCCAGUUGGAUACAUUCAUUAAUUAUAGCAUGUGAAGAUAAAAUUUCUUUGAUGAAUCAAUGUUUAGCUUUUUUUAAUAAUAUUUACUUUAGUUGUGUGAAUAGUUUUAAAAUUUUAAGUAGUCUAUGUCGUUUUAUCAGAUUUUUUGCUAAAGAUACUUGUGUUUCAUCAGAAAAAUUUACAGAUUUAUGCCGAAAACAAAGUGCCGUACUUGAAGAGACAUUGAACAUUACAACAACAACAGAAUUAACUAAACAACUUCAUGAAAUAAUCCAUUUGAUUGGAAGUAAAAAUUUAACACUUUAUGAUAAUUUAAGUAAUAUAGAAGUUAUUUUCAAUGAUGAUCAUUAUAUAUCAAAUAAACUUCAACAAAGAAUGGAUCAUUUUGUACAAGCUAUUGAUGUUGUGAAAUUGAUUUUACCUUGGAUUUUAGUAGUAUGGACAUUAUUCACCAUGUUGAUAUUAGUUAUACAAGCAAUUAUAUUUAAAAAGUGUUGGCUAUCAAAGGACUCAUAUGAUAAUGUAUAUAUAACUGAUGAAUUUAUUAAACAAACAUCAUCAAUCAAUCCAUUUUUCGUUUACCAAUUUUUUAUGUUUAAGGAAAUACAAGCCUUCAAACGAGGUUUGGUUCCCACAGUUCCAUUAAUCCGUAAAGAAAAGAAAUUAUACAAGAAGUUAUCAAGUUUCAGCUGGACUAUAUCAGAAAAACAAUCUGCAGUUUUUAAUUCUUUAAUGCUUUUAACAUGGAGUACUUCAAUUAUUCUAGUUAUGAUAACUGAUUAUGUAAUGUAUACAAUUUUUAAUAUUAUGUCAGUUUUAUUUUUAUAUGAUUAUUCUGAUUUUGGAAAUAUUACAGGAAAACAUGAUGAACAAAUAAAUGAAGAUGAAACAAAUGAAUUAUAUAUUGAUGGUGAUUCAACAUUUGCAAAUAUUGUACAAUCAUUGAUUAGUUUAAUGAAUCCAUUGAAAAAUAUUGAAUUAAACAUAGAUGUAACACUUUGUCGACCAACAUUAACUCCACCAGAUUUAUAUAAAUAUGCUUUUAUUUGCUUAUUACUAAGUUUAGCAUAUUUAAGUGUUGUUUUUCAAGUGUAUAUUAUGCGUUUACGACAUGUCAUCAUGAUAUGGUACUAUCCAAAGACAGCAGCUAGACGUGCAGCCUGGCUUCGUAUACAUAUAAGAAAUAACCGUGGCUUAUAUAAUCGUAUUAUACACAAAAUUAAAACAAUAGAUAUCGCUUCAAAUCACCGAUCACAAAAUUUGUCACGAUUUGGAAGAUAUUUAUGCCGUAAUCCACGUGUAGCAUAUUUUCUUAAGUUAUUCGGAGUUCAACGCAUUAUUUGUACAUUUUGUGGUAGUGAUGGGAAUCCAUCAAAAAAAGUUGAAUUUAAACAGAAUUUCACACGUUGUGAAGAAUGUGAUGCUUAUUUUUGUCGUGCAUGUCAAAUAGCCUUGAAUCAUAUAUGUUUAUUAUGUCGUACACCAAUGUUUUCUAUGUCUAUUGAAGUAGAUUUUGAACAUUAUUCAACAGAUGAAGAAAAAGAGUAUAUCAAUGCACGCUAUUUACAAAUAAAUAAGCAUAGUUCAAUAAAAUCUUCUGAUAAACUAACAGAAAAAGACAUGUGAUGUUUUUACAAAUGGUCCAAAUAUUCAAAAUUUCAAUACUCGAAAAAUCAUUUAUUUCAACAAUAUGACAACAAUCUGUUACAAUAUGUAUGUUAAAUAUUAAAAAAC